AUGUUGAAAGAACCUCAAGCAUGGCUAACAUUCUCGAUAGAAUUGUUGGAGAUAGCAAAGCUUCGAAGAAGAUUUCAUGCCUUCACGAUAUCCUACAUACUGAGAGAAUAUAAUGAAAUCGAUGAGGUAUACCUGAUUGUUGUGCAGUUGUUUCCUCCAGGAGAAAAGAUCAAGAGGCCGUUCAAGUACAUCAACGUAAUUGGAAGUAUACCUGAUUUAUUACCAAUGGUUCAGAGGUAUUGGGAUUCAACGGAGAGAUUAUAUCACUCUACAUCAGCAAUGUUCAGAUUUUCCAAGAAGCUAAAAUUUCUGAAACCGUUGAUAUGCGAGAUGGGGAGAGAUAAAUUGGGUAAUCUGUCGAAACGGGCGAAGGAGGCUUUUGAUUUGUUAUGUGAUAAGCAGAAGGAAACAUUAGCACAUCCAAGCGAUAUUGCAGUCCAAGCGGAGGCAGAUGCUUAUGGAAAGUGGCUGCAUAUUGCCAGUCUGGAGGAGGAUUUUUUAAAACAAAAAGCUAAGCUACAUUGGCUUGAUGUUGGAGAUAAAAACAAUAAGACUUUUCAUAGGGCGAUCAAAUCCCGUCACGCUCAGAAUAUGAUAAGAGAAAUUAGAAGGGGGAAUGGAAGUGUGGUAUCUACUCAUUCUGAGAUAAAGCUUGAAGCAGAACGGUUCUUUGAGGAAUUUUUGAAUCACAAGCCAGUCAACUACAAGGGGGCAUCUGAGGGGGAACUGGAGGAUCUGUUGCAAUUUCGAUGUUCUUCUGAAGAAUGUGAUCAGUUGGAAGCAGAAGUUUCUGAAGAAGAAAUCCGAAAAGUUCUUUUUGCAAUGCCAAACAAUAAAUCUCCUGGACCAGAUGGGUAUCCUUGUGAAUUCUUUAAAACUACGUGGCCGGUUCUAUCUCGUGAUUUUACCAUCGCAGUACAAUCAGUCUUUAGAUUUGGGUUUCUACCAAAAGGUAUAAACUCAACUAUACUUGCUUUAAUCCCUAAGAAGUUAGACUCGAUGGAAAUGAAGGAUUAUCGCCCGAUAGCAUGCUGCAAUGUUAUAUAUAAGGUUGUCUCAAAGAUUCUGGCCAACAGACUUAAAAAGAUUCUUCCAAGAAUUAUUACUGAAUCGCAGUCUGCAUUUGUGCAAGGACGACUUCUUAUGGAGAAUGUACUGCUUGCCUCUGAGCUGGUGAAAGGAUAUCAUAAAGAAAACAUCUCCCCUAGGUGUGUUAUGAAUAUAGACAUAUCGAAAGCAUUCGAUUCAGUGCAGUGGGAGUUUGUAUUGAAAAGCUUGAGGACUUGGGGGUUUCCGGAGAAGUUUAUACAUUGGAUAAAGUUGUGUAUUACGAGCCCUUGGUUCUCGGUACAGGUUAAUGGGGAUCUUGCAGGCUACUUUCAAAGCUCCAGAGGUCUUCGUCAGGGUUGUUCAUUAUCCCCUUACCUUUUCGUGAUGUGUAUGAAUGUCCUAUCACUGAAGAUUGAUAGAGCAGUGGCAGAUAAGAAAUUCGCGCUUCAUCCAGGUUGCAAAAGUCUGGCUCUUACACAUUUGUGUUUUGCGGAUGAUCUUAUGGUGUUUGUGGAAGGUUCGAAGCAAUCUAUUGAGGGAGCUCUGUCAGUGUUUAAAGACUUUAAAAGUUGGUCAGGUUUGAGUAUUAGCUUGGAGAAAUCAACAAUAUACAUGGCGGGAGUAAAAGAGGCUGAGAAAAGAAGUGUACUGACCAAUUUCCCCUUUGCUGUUGGUGAGCUACCAGUGAGAUACUUGGGUCUCCCUCUUAUGACCCAAGUUAUGCGGAAGCAAGACUAUCUACCUCUAAUGGAGAAAAUCAGAGGCAAAAUCAGUUCUUGGACCUGUCGGUUUCUAUCCUAUGCAGGCAGAUUACAAUUGAUCAAUUCUGUUCGUAUGAGCAUUGCUAAUUUUGGUCUGCUGUAUUUCGGCUUCCUGGCGCUUGUAUUAAAGAGGUGGAGCAAAUCUGUGCUGCAUUUCUCUGGUCUGGUCCAAGUCUCAAAACAACGAGUGCCAAAGUGGCGUGGAGAGAUAUUUGUAGUCUGA